GAAAAGGGAGGCUCCGGAUCUGUAGCGCACUGUGGACUAGCUCCAAGCAAGCUGAGGCUGGCCUGUAGGAUAUCUACAGACAGGAAGAAAAGUUGAUUGCAUAAAGCCAUACUUGGAACCACAAUGGAACAAGCAGUUGGUGAGCCAAUCAGAGACCGAGGGGCACAGACUCUUCUGACAGAGGAUAUUCUCAAAGUGAAGAAGUGUACAGUGAUAGGAGGCUCUGGGUUCCUGGGACAGCACAUGGUGGAGCAGUUGCUGGCAAGAGGCUAUACUGUGAAUGUCUUCGAUAUUCGCCAAGGAUUUGACAAUCCCCGUGUGCGCUUCUUUUUGGGUGACCUCUGCAGCCAACAGGACCUGUACCCAGCUCUGAAAGGUGUUAGCACAGUUUUCCACUGUGCAUCACCACCACCAUCCAGUAACAACAAGGAACUCUUUUAUAGGGUGAAUUUCACUGGCACCAAGAAUGUCAUUGAAACCUGCAGAAAGGCUGGGGUUCAGAAACUCAUUUUAACCAGCAGUGCCAGUGUCAUCUUUGAGGGCACCGAUAUCAAAAAUGGAACUGAAGACCUGCCUUAUGCCAUGAAGCCCAUUGAUUACUACACAGAGACUAAGAUCUUACAGGAGAAAGCAGUGUUAGAUGCCAAUGAUCCUGAGAAGAAUUUCUUAACCAUAGCCAUCCGACCUCAUGGCAUUUUUGGUCCAAGGGAUCCUCAGCUGGUCCCCAUCCUCGUUGAGGCAGCAAAGAAGGGCAAGAUGAAAUUCAUGAUUGGAAACGGGGAGAACUUGGUGGACUUCACCUUUGUGGAGAAUGUGGUUCAUGGACACAUCCUGGCUGCAGAGCGCCUCUCCCACGAUACAACCCUGGGCGGGAAGGCAUUUCACAUCACCAACGAUGAACCCAUCCCAUUCUGGACGUUCCUGUCUCGUAUCCUCACAGGCCUCAACUAUGAGGCUCCCAAGUAUCACGUCCCCUAUUGGGUGGCCUACUACCUGGCCCUCCUGCUGUCUCUUUUGGUGAUGGUGCUCAGUCCUGUCAUCCAGCUCCACCCCACUUUCACACCGAUGCGGGUCGCACUGGCAGGCACAUUCCACUACUACAGCUGUGAGAAAGCUAAAAAGGUCAUUGGCUACCAGCCUGUGGUCACCCUGGAUGAGGCCGUGGAAAGGACUGUGCAGAGUUUCCAUCACCUGCGGAAGGUCAAGUGAGGCACCCGGGAGAGCAGCCAGGCCACUGCCUGUGCUCACCUGUCACUGAUGAACUAAUUAAUCUCCUUCCAUCAGCUUUCUUCUGAGAUUACAACCCUCUGACUAGUUAGAGGGAAGCGUGUCCUGUCCCUUCCAUGACUGGGGGAGUGAGAAGAACAGCAGGCACUGGAUUCCUGUUUCUUGAAACAGGAAGCUUCCUAUUGUGCUUUGUGCUCUCUUUGUCCCCCUGUACUCCCGCACAUUCCUUCCCACAAAGACCAUCCUGAAGUCACCCGUUUCGUCCCAGUGGCCUUUUACAUGAUCCACGAGGCCCAUUUGCUGAUGAAGGCUGGGGUACCAGAUUCUUUCCAUGCAGACCAAUAUGAGAGUGGAAGCCAUUAGGCUCUGUUCAAGGGACUACACCUUACCAAUAACCUGGAAGCAAAGCAGAAGUGAUAGACACAUGACUGAGAUUUCCAAUGUAGAUGUUUUGUGAUCACAGCAUAAAUGAAUAUAAUCCCCAUUAAUCCCUGAGGGGAAUGACAACCCUAGUUUUUCACCUCCUACUGUGCUUUCAAGGGACAGUUAUAAUACCUGCCUACUUUUUUUCCCCAGAAGACAUUUCCUUUAUCAAUAGCAUCCUGUCAUCCUUGUUAGAGUAAGAUGGUGAUCUGACCCAGCAAUGUGACGUACAUGGAAACUUCGCUCCUGCUUAGUGGUCACCAUCAAGCUAGGAGACCCUGAGCCAGAGAGAAGAGCCUCUUUCCUCUCCAUGGAGUUUUGACAGAACGCUUCAGGCUCACUUCCAAAGAGUAGCAGUUUUUAACAUUUCAGCUUUUUCUAUUUUCUCAUCAUAUUCAGCUUAUAGAACCUGGUUUCUUCUCAGACUAAUGGAAAUGGAAUAAUAUUAAAGAAUUCUAAUUUU